AUGCAACAGUCUCAGCUAGACCCUUUGCCUAACAACCUACCCUUCCGGAUAAUCUCCAAGACUAUCGGAAGGGGAGCAUAUGCCUCCAUCAAAAAGGCAAAGCCCUUGGAUGCAGAGUCGCCCAUAUUUGCUGUCAAACUUAUCCACAAGGGAUAUGCUGUCAAACAUGGCCGAAUUUCAGCCAAGCAGAUUGCUAUGGAAGUCUCAUUACACUCGCAUAUUGGACAGCAUCCCAACGUGAUCGAGUGGUUUGCCACUGACGAAGAUUCAGUGUGGCGGUGGAUAGCCAUGGAGUACGCCGAGGGAGGUGACCUGUUCGACAAGAUCGAGGCCGAUGUAGGCGUUACCGAGGACAUCGCACAUCUCUACUUCUUGCAGAUGGUGAGCGGCGUGAGUUUCAUGCACAGUAAGGGCGUUGCGCAUCGAGAUCUCAAACCAGAAAAUAUCCUCAUGUCAGAUGACGGAAUCUUAAAGCUCGCAGAUUUUGGUAUGGCCACCAUGUUCGAGUACAAAGGGCAACGAAAGCAGAGCUCCACUAUGUGCGGCAGCCCUCCUUAUAUUGCGCCCGAGGUCUUGCAUUGCGGAAGAAAAGACAAUGCCGCCAAAUACUCGCCGGAGUUGGUGGACCUUUGGUCGUGCGGUGUCAUUUUAUUCGUCUUGUUGGUUGGCAACACACCCUGGGACGAGCCAACCACAACCAGCUGGGAAUUCCAAGAAUAUGUCAAGACAAAAGGUCGAAGCACGGAUAAUCUCUGGGAAAGACUUCCCGUAGAGGUUUUAUCCUUACUGCGAGGAAUGAUGAACAUAGAGCCGGGGAAACGCUUCUCGUUUGCGCAGAUUCGUCAACACCCUUGGUAUACACGGCAUAACAAACUUCUCACUAAAGAUGGCCAGGUCUCUGACCCAUUGAAGCUUGCAACCCAGAUGCUGGAAAACCUGCGCAUAGACUUCAGCCAAAAGCCGUCUUCUUCUCAACAGAUGUCUCAGCGUAGUGUUGAUGAGAUGGAUAUAGACCUGUCCCCAGCGAAAAACUACAUUUCGGCCACACAACCCGAAACCCCCAUCAACGAUGUACUGUUUGACUGGGAGCGUCCCAAUUUCCGCAUCAAGGGCCCCUCCGCUGUUUCUUCUACACAGCCUGUGUCGCGCGCCGAUCCAACUGCUUACUCAGAAACACAGGGUAACAGUCUCUUCGAUGCUCUCGCACAAGAGCCCUCGAUGUCCCAAUUCUCCCAAACUCCCGGUGUGCCUAUGACUUUGACCCAGCAAGCGCGCCGUUUCAAAGACAUUGUCCCGGCCCAUGCUUUCACACGCUUUUUCUCUCAUAUGCCGCCUCAGCUUAUUGUGCAGAUGCUCAAUGAUGCUCUACAUAACCUGAACGUCCCGCUACCGAGCGGCGCUCCUUAUAUUGGCCAGGGCGAUCAUGUGGCUACACUCAAAGUCAAGACCAUGGACAAUCGAAGGCAGGGUCUUCAUGGUGAGAUCGUCGUCGAUAGAUAUGGCCUCCCCGAGAGCCAGGAAUUGCUUGAGGUGCGUUUCGUCAAGGUCAAGGGCGAUCCAUUGGAGUGGAGACGAUUCUUCAAAAACGUGGUCUUAUUGUGCAAGGAUGGUGUUUACAAGCCUGAGGCCUAA